AUGAGAUUCCAUUCUUCAACGCACUCAGACCCAGACAUGCAAAAUAUUGAACCAGAGCUACACCGACAUCCUGCGUCAACCACGGUCGCCCAAGGUGUUUCUUUACACGAAGACAAUGACGACCCCAAUUUAGUCGACUGUCCUCCACCAGACGGGGGGCUUGUUGCAUAUUUAUCAGUCUUCUCCGGGUUCUUUGUAAUCAUGAACACUUGGGGACUUAUUAUAUCAUUUGGUGUCUUCCAAACGUAUUACGUCUCAUCCUUGGGUCAGUCCCGCUCAGAUGUUGCAUGGAUUGGAUCAAUCACUGUGUUUCUCCUCUUCUUUGGUGGCAUCGUGAGUGGCCGCCUUACGGAUGCUGGCCAUUUUCGAAUCACCGUAACGUUGGGCGCAAUUCUCCUUGUCCUGGGGACAUUCAUGACCUCUCUUUGCACGAAAUAUUGGCAACUCAUUUUGGCUCAAGGUGUCUGCGUCGGAUUAGGUAACGGCCUUCUCCUGACUCCCCACCUAACGGUCAUCUCAACUUAUUUCAACAAGAACCUUCCCGUUGCCUUAGGUAUUGCGGCUUGUGGCAGCGUGACAGGCGGGCUGAUCUAUCCGAGUAUGGCCAGAGUCCUACUCCCGUCCAUCGGCUUUGGAUGGACGAUGAGAAGCAUUGGUUUUAUUCAACUCGCUACCCUUGCGAUCGCGCUCGCAGUGGUAAGGCCGAGAUUUAGAUCUGUACCGGGGACUCGGCUGUUGGUCGACUGGGGUGCAUUCAAAGAGCUUGAAUUCACGCUUUAUUUCAUUGGAAUCUUUCUUGCAUAUCUGGGGGUCUUCUUCCCAUUUUCCUUUUUGAAGUCCUAUGCACGUGAGAAGCAGGGCAUGUCAUAUGUCGAUGCGUUGAAUCUCCUCGUUCUCAACGGGAUUGGCUUCAUUGCCUGUUUGUUUCCGAGCCUUCUCUCGGCCUAUUUUGGCACGCUCAAUACCUUCAUCGGCUUGGUAUUCGCUUCCUCGCUGUGUAUGUACACAUGGAUUGCUGUACAAUCACUUUCUGUUCCAUAUGUCUGGACAGCCUUCUACAGUAUAUCUGUUGGGGGUGUUCAGUCAUUAUUUCCAGCAGCAGUUGCAUCUUUUGAGCCCAGACCGAUCAAAAUUGGGAUCUCAAAUGGGUAUCAUCUCUUCUGCGGUUGGGUUUGGAGCUUUGAUAGGAUCUCCCAUCUCUGGUCAGCUCAUUUCAAUAAAUGGGGGAUCGUAUGUAGCAGCACAGGUCUUCGCAGGUAG